AUUCGCACUGCCGGGGAACUGUGGAGACAAAGCCCGCAUGGCAAAGCGACGUGCAUUGUGCAGCAAAGCUUUAGCAUGUAAAGUGCUGGCGAAAACGGUUCGAAUACCGUAACGGAGUACGAGGAGACCGAGAUUUUUCCCCCAAUCGUCGUCAUCAUCAGCUUCCCCUCGCCCCACUUUUUCACACUGUGCCCGCGGUCACUCGCCGAUCGUCAUUUUCAAAAUGCUCAUCUCUCGGACGGGAUUGAUUCGCAGGUGUUAAAGCUGCUCGCUUCUUCAUAUUUGCUCUCUCUCAAUCUCUCGUUUGCUUGGAAAUUCUCAGACAUAUUUGUCGUCUUUGACGGGGAAGCGAGGAUUCUUAUGGCUUCAGAGAUGGGUGAGGGGCUGGCCAUGGAUUCUACAGAAGGAACGGAGGCUGGUUCUGGCAGGAAGAAAGACAAUCCCACUGACCUGAUGGGUUUUAUCUUCUCUUGGUCUAUUCAAGAAAUCUUCAAUACGAAUCUCCACAGGGACAAGGUGAAGAGCAUCCUGGAGUCAUUUCAAUCAGUUGAGCAAUACUUUGCUUCUUAUAUCUUUCCUUUGCUGGAGGAAACACGAGCCAGUCUCUGUUCAAGUAUGCAGAAUGUAUCUAGGCUGCCUUUUGCGAAGGUCACUGGGUUUGCUGUAGGCAAGAAGAAUGUUUGCCAAGUGGAAGUGGACUACUGGAGAAACAGGGUCACUGACAAUGGCAAGGAACCUUACAAAACUUUGCCUGGAGAUGUUUUGAUGUUAACUAAUGCUGAACCAGAUACCAUUCCCAGCUUAGAAAGGUUUAAAGGAAGAUGGGCAUUUGCAUCGGUCGCUAGAAUUGCAAAAGACAAGGAUGGGGAUGCUCAAACGUCAACAAGGUUCCAAGUCAAGACAUUUUUGGACAAUGAAGUGAAUGAUGAUCGUACCUGGAAGUCAAUGUAUGCAGUUUUUUUGAUAAAUGCAGUCACUAACAUAAGAAUAUGGAAAGUGCUACACCCAUUUGGGAACUUGGAUGUUGUAAAGGAAGUUCUCUGUACAGAUUUGGCGGCUGAGAAAUAUUGCAAUCUCUGUAUUACUCAAAGUUAUGGCUCUGGGCAUGGGAGUCUCAAUAAGAACUUGUUUGGUAGUCUGAAUGAAUCCCAGACAAAAGCUGUUCUGGCUUGUCUUGAUACAAUCAAGUGUGAACACAGGUCGGCCGUGGAAAUGAUACAGGGUCCUCCAGGGACAGGGAAGACCAAAACUGUUGCGGCACUGCUCUUUACUCUCUUGAAAAGGAAACACAGAACCCUUGUUUGUGCUCCAACAAAUGUUGCCAUCAAGGAAUUGGCGUCUCGUGUUUUGCAGCUGGUGAAACAAUCGGCUUGCACCAACUCUCAUGGGGAACGCUUGCUCUAUAACUUAGGAGACAUGCUCUGUUUCGGGAACAAGGAGCGGAUGAAAGUAGAUUCAGAUAUGGAGGAAAUAUUCUUGGAUCAUCGUGUUGAUUGUGUUGCGGAGUGCUUUUCCUUACUCACUGGUUGGCAGCAUUGUCUGACUUCCAUGAUUGAUACUCUCAAUGACUGUGUCCGCCAAUACCACAUUUUUCUGGAGAAUGAACGCCAGAUUACAUCAAAGCCUAGUGGUAAUGAUGUUGCAAGCAAAUGUGGAAGAAGCAAAAAGGAAUCCAAACCUGAAUUUCAAUCAUUUCUGGAAUUUUUCAAGCACAGAUUCAGGUCAAGUGCAGAGUCUUUCCAAAGAUGCUUCUCUAUCUUAUGCACCCAUAUAUCCAAAAGUUACCUUUUGGAACAUAAUUAUCGGGAUAUUAAGUCCCUUCUCGUCUCUCUUGAUUCUUUUGAAAUUUCUCUAUAUAGAGAGAAGUUGGAUUCCAGAAAGUUGAAGGAAGCAUUUUCAUCAGACCCAUCUUCAUUGAAAGCGCGCACAGAUCCACUACAUACAUCAUUAUCGAUAAAGAGACAUAAAUGUCUCUCUCGUUUGCGAACUCUUAAUAAGUCUCUUAGAAGGCUAAACCAUGAAAAAUUUAUGUGCAUGGACAAGAUAGCUGAGUUCUGUUAUCAAGCGGCUUCCUUGAUUUUCUGCACUGCCUCUAGCUCAUAUAAGCUCUACACCGUGGAAAUGGAGCCCGUCAGUUUAUUGGUGAUUGAUGAGGCUGCGCAGUUGAAAGAAUGCGAGUCAAUAAUUCCGCUAAAACUUCACGGUGUCAGGCACGCAAUUUUAGUUGGAGAUGAAUGUCAAUUGCCUGCUAUGGUUGAGAGCAAGCUUUCUAGCAACGCUGGCUUUGGAAGGAGUCUAUUCGAAAGGUUGAGUUCUCUGGGUCAUCCAAGGCACCUUCUCAAUAUCCAGUACAGAAUGCAUCCUGCGAUUAGUCACUUUCCGACAUCAGCCUUUUACAAUAGCCAAAUUCAGAAUGGGUCGAAUGUUACCAGAAAAGUUUACAGAAAAUGUCAUUUGCCGUGGCCGAUGUUUGGCCCGUACUCCUUCAUAAAUAUUUCUAAUGGAAGAGAAGAAGGUGGGGAUGGUGGACGUAGCCUUAGAAACUAUGCUGAGGUUGGAAUUGUCUCGAUGAUUUUGAGAAAUCUAUACGGAGCAUGCAAAUCUUCAGGCGGAGAUCUAAGUGUUGGCGUGAUAUCUCCAUAUAGAGCUCAGGUUGCUGCAAUACAAAACAAAAUUGGAAAAAGAUAUGAGAAUAUCAGAGGCUUUACAGUGAAAGUGAGGUCAGUGGAUGGGUUCCAAGGGGGUGAAGAAGACAUCAUAAUAGUAUCCACCGUGAGAUCAAACCCUCGUGGUUUUAUCGGUUUUGUUUCUGACACUAGGAGAACCAAUGUGACUAUCACCAGGGCAAGAUAUUCUCUUUGGAUUUUGGGAAGCGAGAGAACGCUGACUAGGAGUAAAUCUAUAUGGGAAGCUUUGGUUCAUGAUGCCAAGACACGUGGAUGUUUCUUCAGCAUUGAUGAAGUCAAAGCCGCUUUGGAUGGGAAGAAUAAUCAGCUUGAUGGUCCGUUGGAUAGAAGCGGUGUAGUAUUUAGAAAUGCGCGGUGGAGGGCAAACCGCUCUCAGUAUGCUAAGAGCCUAGAAUGUUCCUCCAGUACUGAUGAAGUUAAAUCCAUUUUGGAUGGGAAGAAAGAGGAUAUUCAUCUGGAUGAUCCACUCGGUGGCGAUAGUUUCCUAUUUAGAAAUGCACGGUGGAGGGCAAAGUGCUCUCGGGAUGCUAAGAGUCAAGAAUGUUCCUCCAGUACUGAUGGAGUUAAAUCCAUUUUGGAUGGGAAGAAAGAGAAUAUUCAGCUGGAUGAUCCGCUUGGUGGCAAUAGCUUCCUAUUUAGAAAUGUGCGGUGGAGGGCAAAGUGCUCUCAGGAAGCUAAGAGCCAAGAAUGUUCCUCCAGUACUGAUGAAGUUAAAUGCAUUUUGGAUGGGAAGAAAGAGGACGUUCGGCUCAAUGAUCCGCUUGAUGGUGAUAGUUUCCCGUUUAGAAAUGCUUGGUUGAGGGCAAAGUGCUCUCAGGAUGCUAAGGGCCAAGAAUGUUCCUCCAGUACUGAUGAAGUUAAAUGCAUUUUGGAUGGGAAGAAGAAAGAGGACAUUCGGCUCGAUGAUCCGCUCGAUGGCACUAGUUUCCUAUUUAGAGAUGCUCGGUGGAGGGUUUUCUUCGGCGACAACUUCGUGAAGUCUUUCAGAAAGCUGACGUCACUUAGGACCGAGAUGUCAAUCAUGAACCACUUAUCAAAGCUUGCUGGUGGCUGGAGACCUGAGAAGAGCGAUGUGGGUUUACUCCCUAGAAGCUGCUCUUAUAUGGUGAAGCAAUUCAAGGUCGAAGGUCUUUACGUGCUGUACACUGUCGAUAUAGAUGUACUUAAGGAACCGAGAUACAUCCAAAUCCUGAAGAUUUGGGAUGUAUUGCCCUUAAGUGAUGCGACAAGACUGGUCGAAUGUCUUGACAAUGAGUUCAAAGCAUACGCAGACGAUUUCAUUAGUCGCUGCAACGAGAAAUGUCAUGAGGGGGAUCAGGUAGUUCCAAAGACAUGGGAUUCUUCUCAUGGCAUUGCUCGUUUCCACCGUAGUUUGGAUCAAGUUCAAGCGGGGAGCGGUUUCGGGCCUGAUAUUUCGGAUCCUAGAGCGAGCGAGAGCCUGCUUUUGAUGAGAUUCCACCCCUCGUCAUCAGGCAUGGUCAGGCACUUGUUUUCGGAGGACCAUGAGAGCGAAGUGGAUCUCGCAUCUGAAGGAACCGAGCUAGAUCAAGAGAUGAGUUCCCGCUUCGGUGCGCUUUGUAUUUAGGUAACCCGUGUUGUUCCCUUCUUCACGAAGAGCUUUUGACAGAAGCAGGGAAAAAUACAAUAUCUUUACCAUGAGAUUUUCAUUUGGGUCGGAAUUUCUAUGCCCGUGCCGGUUAUGAUCAAGAAGGCGUGGACCUUCUUAAUUACAUGUGCUCUUUUAAUUUCAUGUCUGGAAAUAUGUGGUUUGAUAUAAUAGCAUGGAAUUUUCUAUUCAAGUGGCAUAGCUAUGAAGUAAA